GGAUGCUGCAGCUGCCGCCGGAGCACGUGACCUCCCGCACAGGAAGAAGAGUCAGUUCCUCCCGUCCUGCGGUCCGAACCGAACAGAACAACAUGCCGUCCUGCGACGUGCUCGGCCUGUGUCAGUACCAAACCAACAAACUGGUCCGGAUCCAAAGCGUCCGGCUUGGAUCUCUGAAAUGGAGCCUGAACGGAACCAUUCUGCUGAUUAUCUGCAUCAUGAUGCUGUGGAACAGGGAGUACCAGGAGUUUGAUCUGGUGGUGAGCUCCGUCACCACCAAGCUGAAGGGUGUAGCUCAGACCAACCUGCCUGGGAUCGGAGAUGUGGUCUGGGAUGUCCUGGACUUCAGUGGACUUCCACAGGACAAGAACUCCUUCUUUGUGGUGACGAACGUGAUCAUAACGAAGAAUCAGAUGAAAGGAAAAUGCCCGGAGGUUCCCUCUAAAGGCAGACUGUGUCGGACAGAUAAGGACUGUGAGAAAGGUGCCUGGGACCAGCAGAGUCACGGAAUUCAGACUGGAUCGUGUGUGAAGUUUGAUGUGCUGAAGAAGACCUGUGAGGUUUCUGCGUGGUGUCCAACAGAGGCAACAUCAUCUCCUCCACGACCAGCUCUUCUGGCAGCAGCUGAGAACUUCACCGUCCUCAUCAAGAACAACAUCAGAUUUCCCGCCUUCAGCUUCAUCCGACGGAACAUCCUGCCUCAGAUGAACGUCGCCUACCUGAGAAGCUGCGACAGAGGAAACGACUCGCUGUGUCCCAUCUUCCGACUCGGAGACAUCGUUCGAGGCGCCGGGGAGACGUUCUCAGACAUGGCGGUGGAGGGGGGUGUUAUCGGCAUUCAGAUCAAAUGGGACUGCAACCUGGACCGCUUCAUGCAGAGCUGCCUCCCCCGGUACUCCUUCAGGCGUCUGGAUGAGAAGGAGAGCAACAGGUCUCUUUACCCAGGCCUGAACUACAGAUUUGUAAAGUACCACAUGGUGAACGGCGUGGAGGAGCGGACGCUGUACAAAGCAUUUGGGAUCAGAUUUGAUGUGCUGGUGUUUGGGCGGGCUGGGAGGUUCAGCUUGGUUCAGCUCAUCGUUUACAUCGGGUCGACGCUGUCGUACUUCGCUCUGACAACGUUGGUCAUCGACUGGCUGAUCCAAACCAGAUGUUACUCUGCAGAAGUCGGACAAAACUACUCGGAGAGGAAAGUGGAAUCUGUCCAGGACAAGCAGCAGUGCAUCCUCUGUGUGUCCUACGUUGACGAGAAAAGGCUUCGGCUGGUGAAGAAAUCGCACAAGAAAAGUCUUCAAGGUCUCAAAGCGAUGUCUGAGUGGCACAAGGACAACACGGUCCACCUGAGGGCCGUGCUCUGUCUCCUACAGCAGGAUGUCGGUGACUCUCAGGCUCCGCCCACUCAGAAGUCAGACCUGACUGUGAAACAUAGGCGUCCAGCCUGGUGUAAAUGUGACCGCUGCGCCGCCUCCUCCUCCCUCCCUCAGGAGGAGCUGUGCUGCAGGCGGAGUGAUGGCGCCUGCAUCACCUCCUCUCCUCUGUUCCAGCAGCUGGUGUUGCGUCGUUCGCUGCUGGAGGCUGUCCUCCUGCACCAGGACCCUUUGUCUCCUCCAGUUGGUGAGGUCCAGACCGCCGCGCUGCGUCACUGUGCCUACAGGCUCUACAUCAGCUGGAGGUUUGGAAUUCCUCCUCCUGACACACAUCCGGCCAUUCCCAGCUGCAGCGUUUGGAGAAUCAGGAAUGAGUAUCCAAGCUCAGAUGGACAGUACAGCGGCUUCACACCCAGCAGAACGACCCCCACCUCCUAGAGCUUUGAGAAGACCUUUCCACAUUACAGAGAGGCACUCUCCCUGGCUGACCUACUAACAAGCGCUGUUAAUGCUGCAUAACCAGUCCAGAGCAGCUUCACUCCACAUGGCCAAGGAAGUGCGAGCAUCAGCUGGUGCUUGGUUAAAGGCAACGAGAGGAUGAAGAAAGGAACCUCAUCUGUGGUGAAACCGGGCUGCUCCUCUGCAGGUCGGCUCUCUCAGCCUUUACAGGGAAGGAAAAGGGAUUUUUCUGUAAUCCAGUCAUCUUGCAUCUGCUGGGUUUCCUUACGUAGGGAGCUUUGAACUAAUUGGCCUAAUUUACUGAACUCAGUUGGAAUGUUUACUUUGCGAAGGUCCUUGAGACAAAUCUUGUGAUUUGGCGCUAUAUAAAUAAAAUGGAUAAAAUGUU